AUAAUCCCUGUUGCCUCAUAUAUGCUCAAACAUGAAAAAUUUCUCUAAACUUAUUUUGUUUGUCACUAUUUUUAAUUAUUUAUCUCAUAUUAUAUUAGCUUCUAUAGUUUCUACGGGAGACUUCAAUAAGGAUUUCUACGUAAACUAUUCACCUAACCAUGUAAACACUUCUGCUGAUGGCCGUACAAGAAGCUUGAUAUUUGACAAAGAAUCCGGUACAGAAAUUGCUUCGAACGAUAUGUACUUAUUUGGUCAAUUCGACAUGAAAAUUAAGUUGAUAUCAGGGAAUUCAGCAGGCACCGUUGUGGCAUUUUAUGAACUACAUAUAUAUAUGCAGUUAGCUUCGGGGCAACCAAAUCAUGACGAGGUAGAUUUUGAAUUUCUGGGGAAUGUGGCUGGGAAGCCUUUUACUCUUCAAACGAAUGUUUAUGUUGACGGAUCUGACGAUAGAGAAGAGAGAAUCAGUCUGUGGUUUGAUCCAACACAAGACUUCCACACUUAUUCUAUACUAUGGAACCUUCACCAAAUUGUGUUCAUGGUAGAUUGGGUACCUAUUAGAACAUAUAGAAACCAUGCUGACAAAGGUGCUAAAUAUCCUCGUUGGCAGCCCAUGGAACUCAAAAUCAGCAUAUGGAAUGGAGAAACUUGGGCAACAGAUGGUGGAAAAACAAAAAUUGAUUGGUCACAAGCACCCUUUGUGGCCACAUUGGGAAAUUACAGCGUUGAUGCCUGUAAUUGGAAAGGAAAUGCUAGAUUUUGCAGAGUAGAAAGUGAAAAUAAUUGGUGGAAUAAGGGGUAUUCCAGUACUUUGACAUGGACUCAAAGAAGGUUGUUUAAAUGGGUUAGAAAAUAUCAUUUGACAUACGAUUAUUGCAUGGACAAUCAACGGUUUCAAAAUAAUAUUCCCAUAGAGUGUUCUCUUCCAAAAUACUAAUCAAUAAUGAUUACAGGUAUAGAUGAACGGGUUGGACGAAUUAUAUUUUUAUGAGAUUAAAUUUAAUGCCUCUGCAAAAACGGGGUAUGAGAGAUCGAAAAGAUUCUUUCCUUUUUCUCUUUAUGUACUCUUAUGUUUGUUCUUUACAUACUAAAUAUUUAUUUAAAUCAAAAAGUUUGUGAUGGUUCCUUUAAUCAAAGUAUCUUUAUCCUA